AUGAAGUCUUGCUUCGUCACCUGUCUUGCUGCAACUAGCGCCUUCGCAGCACCUUUUGCCGCUCCUCAAUUUGGCGGCUUCCCUGGCUUUGGAAGUGGCCUUGGUAGCUCGACCAAGAACGAUGUCACGAGCGGCGUUUGCAAGCCCGUGACUUACAUCUUCGCUCGUGGUACCACGGAGAUCGGUAAUAUGGGUUCCACUGUUGGCCCAGCUCUCGAAAGAGCGCUGGAAUCAGCNUUUGGCAGCAACAACGUCGCUACUCAGGGCGUCACAUACCCUGCAGAUGUCGCUGGUGCCAUCAGUGGUGCUCUCAGUCCUGCCACUGCUCAGGGUGCCCGCACUAUGGCCAGCUUGACUCAACAGGCUCUAAGCAAGUGCCCCGACACCAAGAUUAUCCUUGCCGGUUACUCUCAAGGUGCUGAGCAGGUUCACGGUGCUCUCAUGAACCUCCAGAAUGGACAAGUCGCUGUAAGUCUUAAUCACGAUAUAUCAGUAUAUGGCUAUUCGCUCACAGACUUUAUANNGGUCGCUCUUACUUUCGGUGACCCGCUCCAGUUGACUGGCUUCAGAAACAUUGACUCUGGUCGCACCAAGGUCUACUGCAAUCUCCUCGAUGGUGUGUGCAAUGGCGCUUUCAUCAUUUCUGCUGCUCAUCUUUCCUAUGCCAUCCAAGAUACUACUCCCGCUGCGCAGUUCGCCAAAAGUGUUAUUGGAAACAUCUGA